CUCAUUUCCAAAAUAACGAAAAAAAAAAAAAAGACUCAUUUCAAUUUUUACAUAAUCUGAUAAAACCAGGUAAAGUUCCCCCCUUUUUUCUUCUCCUUUCUUUUUUUCUUUUUCUCUUUUUUUUUUUAGUAUUCUGUCCAAGUUCUUAUGAAUGGAAAAACCCCAAUCGAUAUGCAUAUUCCAUUAAUGGAAAAUUUGAGACUUUAUUGGUAAAUAGUGACUGUUGUUGUAAUUCUGAAGGAUAUGGCUACUUUUUCUGUUGUUUGUAAUAAUGGGUUAUUGACUAAUAAACAGAAUUUAGAACUUUAUGAUGGAAAGUUCAAGUCUUUGAGGAGAUACACAACUGUUUGUUAUAAUGGCUCGGUUUAUAGCAAUUCCCGCUAUUUAAUGCUUUCUAGGGAUGGGUUUAGGUUACUUUAUAAUGGAAAAAGUGAAGUUCCUUUGUUGGGUUUUUGUGUCUGUUGCAAGUCUCAACAUGGAUUGUUUUGUCACAGUAAAAGAAUGUUGAUGAAUGGAGAUAGAGGAAAUGAGGAAACCCAUUUGAGAAAAAUAGUUAAUAAUGGUGUGAAGAAGAGAUUAUUUUCAUUGAGGUUAAGACCAAGAUUGCGACUACUCACUAGAAGAUUGAAGAGAGUUUCACUGAGGUCAAUGUUAAAUGAUUUUGGAAUGUUCUUGAAAAAGAAUAUAAGAAGAUUAACACUUUAUGCUUCAAUUACUGUUGCACUUGGUAUGUGCUACUUGUUUUUGAGGUUAACUGCAGUUCCUUCUCCAAAGAUCGUUCCAUAUUCAGAAUUGAUAUCAAGCCUUCAAAGUGGUUCUGUUACAAAAGUUUUACUUGAAGAAGGAUCUCGUCGCAUAUAUUACAACAUCAAAUCUCAAGGAAUUGAAAAUACUGAAAAUUCAGAAGAGAUAAAUGUUUCAAAUGAAAAUGAAGCUCAUGUAGUUGCAAGAGGAGGUAUUGUGAGUACCAGUGGUAGAGCAUCAAAAUUAGAUUUGUUGAAGAAAUUUUCAGAUACUCGAGCUUCUACUCCUGAGUGGCAGUAUUCUACGAGGAAAAUAGACCAUGAUGAGAAAUUUCUUCUUAGUGUAAUGAGAGAAAAGGGAACAGUGUAUGGCUCAGCCCCUCAAUCAGUUCUGAUGUCUAUGAGGAGCGUGUUGAUAACAAUAAUAUCUCUGUGGAUUCCUUUAACCCCUUUGAUGUGGCUUUUGUACCGUCAACUUUCUGCUGCCAACAGCCCUGCGAAGAAGCCUCGAUUUAAUAGUCGAAUGGUCAAUUUUGAUGAUGUGGAGGGUGUUGAUGCUGCUAAGAUAGAGCUUAUGGAGAUAGUUUCAUGCAUGCAAGGAGCUAUAAACUAUCAAAAACUAGGAGCAAAGAUACCUAGAGGUGUGUUACUUGUCGGUCCUCCAGGAACAGGUAAAACAUUGCUGGCCCGUGCAGUUGCUGGAGAAGCAGGAGUGCCAUUUUUCAGUGUUUCUGCCAGUGAAUUUGUGGAGCUGUUUGUUGGAAGAGGAGCAGCACGCAUUAGAGAUCUCUUUAAAGUGGCAAGGAAAAGUGCUCCAUCAAUCAUUUUCAUUGAUGAACUCGAUGCAGUUGGAGGAAAACGUGGUAGAAGUUUCAAUGAUGAGCGUGACCAAACACUAAACCAGUUGUUGACAGAAAUGGACGGAUUUGAGUCGGACAUGAAAGUGGUUGUUAUUGCGGCAACCAACAGGCCAGAAGCAUUGGAUCAAGCCCUUUGCAGGCCUGGUCGCUUUUCAAGAAAGGUACUUGUAGGAGAACCAGAUGAAGAAGGAAGGGAAAAGAUCCUCAGUGUACAUUUGAGAGGCGUUCCUCUAGAAGAAGACACAGAUCUUAUCUGUAAUCUAGUUGCUUCUCUGACACCAGGUUUUGUUGGAGCUGAUCUUGCAAACAUUGUCAAUGAAGCUGCAUUACUUGCUGCUCGGAGAGGUGGUGAGACUGUGACAAGGGAAGAUAUAAUGGAAGCGAUUGAGAGAGCAAAGUUUGGGAUCAAUGAUAGGCAGCUGGGGCCUACUGCAAUAAGCAAGGAGCUUGGGAAACUUUUCCCAUGGAUACCAUCUUUAAUGAGAAGGAAUAACACAGGACAAGAUGGUUUGCAAGGGCCUUUAGGUUACCAGACUCUGAGCUGACAAAGGACACUGGCUUCCUUAGUGCUUUCACUGUAUUUCUUGAUCUAUCUUUUUUCUUCCCCUUUUUCAUUAUCUCCUUCCCUUCCUUUGUAAGCUUAAUAUUUUUGGUCUAUUGGUAAGUUUAUCUUUUCGGCCUUUUCAUUUCUGAACUUGGGAUAUCUGAUUGCUUACCUGUAGAGAUAUAUUAAGCAAAACCUAGUGCACGUUCUUUUCUUCUUUAUUUUUCACAUCAGAAAUAUAUGGCAGUCUCUUUGCAGAGUUCUUUUUAA